AUGCAAGUAUUUCCAAUAACAUUUAAAAUUUUAACAAUUUGUGGUAUUUGGAGACCAAAAAAUUUUGACACUUUUAUAAAAAAGUAUAUUUACUACUGCCUAACAGUUUUAAUAUGUUUUUUAGUUUUUACAUUUACCUUAAGUCACUUAAUAGAUAUUAUAGUUUGCGCGAAUAAUUUUGAAGACUUAGCUGAAAGUUGUUUUAUGGUAUUGUCAAUGCUUAAUAUUUGCUGUAAAACUAUAAAUAUAUUAUAUUUGCGAAAUGAUAUAUUACAAUUACUAAAACUUCUUAUUAAUAGCCACUGUCAAGUAGUUGACGAAAUAGAACGAAAAAUAGAAAUCAAAUUUUAUAAUAAAAUUAGAUUCGUCACUUUAUUUUAUACGAUAUUAGCCGAAAUUACGUGUAUACUAAUUACAAUUCGAUCCUUUUUUGCAAGUACUACAAAUACUUUGCCUUUUAGAGCUUGGAUACCUUAUGAAAUACAAACUCAAUUUCAUUUUUGGAUUGUUUUCUUUCAUCAAACUAUUGCACAUGUUGUAGGUGCUAAUAUACAAAUAGCUAAUGAUACUUUAGUUUAUGCUAUGCUUAUACAAACAAAUAUGCAAUUACAAAUAUUAAAAAACCGAUUAAAAAAUAUAUCAAACAACUUUGAAGGCAGGGACGUUACUAAGUGUUCAACCAAAAAUAUCAAUGAUUCAAAAAAAUUAUUAGUAAAGUGUGUUAAAUAUCAUCGAUGCAUUCUUGAGUACUCUGAAAAAUUAAAUAAUACGUUAAGGAUAAUUAUUUUUAUUCAAUUUGUAGUUAGUUUACUUGUAUUAUGUUCAAGUGUUUACUUAUUAUCAAAAAUGAAAUUAGUGAGUAUGCAAUUCAUAUCACUUAUGCUGUACUUAUUUUGCAUGUUAUAUCAAAUAUUUCUUUAUUGCUGGUAUGGAAAUGAAAUUAUAUUGCAGAGUAUGGACUUAGGAAAUGUAGUAUAUAUUAUAGACUGGACAAAUUUAAAAAUAAAAGAUAAAAAAAAUUUAUUAAUACUUAUGUUGCUUUUUUGUAAACCAAUCAAAUUUACAAGUACUUUUCUUGUUACGUUAUCUAUUGAUUCAUAUUGUAAAAUUUUAAAGACAUCAUACUCGAUUUUUAAUUUAUUACAAAGGAUAUCCUUAUAG